AUGGGCUUCGUAUCCUCUCUUGGCAUCAAAUCUCCGAGCGUCAGGGCUACAAACAUGCCAUCGCCUCCACUACUACUGCGCCUCUACUGCAACAAGACCAGGCUACUAAUCGGAAUCGCACUGCUCUUCGUUAGCUUACAUGUAUUCUUCGGUUACUCAAUCUUCAAUCUUAUCCCAUGGAAUACAUCUGCUACCCUGGAUCACUCCAACGCUAUACCCGAAUUCCUACCCUGGGUACCUACAAGAUCGCAAGCAGACCUUCGGAUCGCAAAAGCAACGAUACUACACGAUAACAGGAAGUACGAUACACGCAAUCUCGCCCUCGAUGACCUCCACACCCAAAACUUCGGAUACACAAGCCACAUUCUCCAAACACCCAUUGUGCGAGGUGCACUGAAUAAAUUCCUCUACCUCCAGUCCCUCAUCAUUACCGAACUUCAAAAGCCAGUCGAAGAACAAAAAGAAUGGAUACUGUACCACGACCCCGCCGUCUUCAUCGCGAAUCCACACAUACCACUCCACCACUUCCUCCCACCCAUCACAGACGUCGAAACAUUCAAGACCCUCUCGAUCAUCGCCACGAAAUCCGAAAGCGAAGAACUAAAUACGACGGUCUUCUUCGUCCGUGUCAGCGGCGGUUCACUGCGUAUUUUGACUGAAGCCAUGGAGAUGAUAUACAACGUGCCAGACAACGGAGAUGAAGACGAGGAAUUCGGUGUGGCAGCGACAGUCCUCCAAACGAUACUCUCCCGCCCCCACCACCUCGAAAAGGUCAUUUACCAAUCUAGCGAAUGGUACAAUAGUACCUCGUCGCUUUUCUAUCAGCCCUACUAUCGCACGCUAGCGCAUCGUCUCCUCCCCGUCCACUACACCCAAAUAAUACCGGGUGACAACGAGGGAAGCAACCCGAUGUUCCCUGAUGCAGACACGGUACACAGGUUUUGGCACGUUGUGCGUGAAGCGCGUCGUGUGUUGAACGAAGCGAAGGAGAAGGGUCAUACGAGUGAACAGGGAGAGUGGUGGGAGAUGGUAGCGGAAGUGAAGGAAUGGGUUGAAGGUAGGGCUUGGGAUACGGAGGAGUUGGAGAGGAGGGUAAGGGUUCUGAGGGAGGGGUUGGGUAUCGACUGA